AUGGGAGGUUGCGCUGCACGUCCAAGAGCAGUUGUACAUCCAUCAGUUAUAAGAUUUGUGCCUGAUGAUGAUGAAUUACCAAUAAGAAGUAUUGAUCGAAAAAAUCUCGAAUCAUAUUAUUUAUUUUGGCUUGAUAGUACGGUAAGAUCACCUGAAUUUAUAGAAACUCAAGAUGAAUUACGUUCCAUAAUAAAUUACAUGAAAAUAUUCGAAUCAAAUGACGAAUGUUUAUUAUUGUUACCAAAAGUUCAUGAUCACAAACAAUUACAUUCUAUUUACAUGUAUCAUAAUCGUGAUAAUAUUGAUAUGAAUCAAAUAGAAAAUCAAUAUAAUAAGAUUAGAGGAAUAUAUGAUUUAUUCUCUACAGCUAAACGAUAUUUAGAAGAUGAUGUUAAAAUACAUACAGAUCUUGAUGAUCCAAUGAUAAUGGACAUUGUUACUGAAGAGAAUAAUUUAGAAUAUCAAGAACAAUUUGCUUUAUUUUUAAAGAUAGUUAAUGUUAAUGCAAAAGAUAUUUAUGAUAGUCAAACUCGAGAUCGCUUAAUUGAAACAUAUUUGGAAUAUUAUGAAGGCAAUGAUAGUGAAAUAAGUUUUAUCGAUGAAUUCGCUGAGUCAUAUAAACCUGAGACAGCUAUUUUAUGGUAUAUGCGUGGAUCUUGUUUACAUCGUUUACUUUCUCGUGCAUUUAUUGAUCAAGAUAUGAGUGUACUUAUUGAUAUGUAUUCAUUUAUUGUGGAUAUUAAUCGAAAUAUAAAAAAACAAAGUAUGAAUCAAUCAUCAAAAUUACGUGUAUAUCGUGGUCAAUUUAUAUCUAGUGAAACAUUAUCUUUAUUAAAACAUAAUAUCAAUCAAAUAAUAACAAUGCAAUGUUUUUUUAGUGCUCAAACAUCACGUGAUGAAACUGUUAAUAUUCUUCAAAGUAUUGAACCAAUCGAUAAAACUUUAAAACGUAUUAUAUUCGAAAUCGAUACAUUACAAGAUUAUACAUUUGUUGAUUAUAAACAAACAUCUACAUCAAAAACAAUUCUUUUUAUACUUGGUGCACAAUUCAAUAUUAUUGAUGUUAAUGAAACAACAGUUAUAUUAUCUCAAUGUACUUCUAAUUUAAAUACUAAUUAUGAUUUAGCAAAUGAAUCAUCUUUAAUUAUUCGAGGUGUACUUACCUAUUUAAAAUAUGGAACUACUGAAGCUAUUAAAUAUUUUAAAAAUAUCUUAAUUAAUGGAUCAGAAAUUGACUUAGCAACAUACUCAUCUAUAUAUGGACAAUUAGGAUAUUUAGAACAAAAAUUAGGUAAUUACAAUGUAGCGACAAUUAUGUAUGAAAAAUCAAUGCAUAGUGGAACAAUGCAAUUUGGUGUUUAUCUUUUCUAUCUUGAUCAAGCAGCUCAAUAUCAUGCCAAAGUACUUAAAAAUUGGGAAAAAGCAAUGACUUUAUGGAUACAAAAACUUAAUAUUCAAAAUACUUUUCUUUUGGAAGAAGAUAAAGCCCAAACGUAUGAAAAUUUAGCCAAUGCUGCAUUUGAAACUAAACAAUAUGCUAAAAUAGUUGAAUAUACAUUAGCAGCAAUUGAAAAUUUACCAAAUGAUCAUCCUCAUAUAUCAUUUCUUCAACAACAAUUAGAACAGGCUAAAAAGAAAUUAUCUGAACAUACUACAAAUUGA